GGUGUGCUAACGUCAGAGGCUACGUUCACUGAAGGGGUACUUUUUUUUUUAAAAUCGUCUUUUAUACCGGAAGUGAGAGAGUGUCAUGUAAUUUCCUGAGCCGGGAUCCCAGAGGUGCUGUUCAUCUACUUAUCCGACAUUCCGGAGCCUGCACCCGAGUGUUCCUUCAUCAGAACCAACAUGUCUGUGGCCGGUCUGAAGAAGCAGUUCUACAAGGCCAGUCAGCUUGUGAGUGAAAAGGUUGGAGGAGCAGAAGGGACAAAAUUAGACGAUGAUUUUAAAGAUAUGGAAAAGAAAGUGGAUGUUACAAGUAAAACUGUGGCUGAUGUACUAGCUAAAACCAUUGAGUACCUGCAGCCAAAUCCAGCCUCUCGUGCCAAGCUGUCUAUGCUGAACACUGUAUCAAAGAUUCGUGGGCAGGUAAAGAAUCCAGGAUACCCCCAGCCUGAAGGUCUUUUGGGAGAGAGUAUGAUACGUUAUGGAAAGGAACUUGGGGAUGACUCAAACUUUGGUGAUGCAUUGCUGGAUGCUGGGGAGUCCAUGAAGAGAUUAGCAGAAGUAAAAGAUUCUCUGGACAUAGAAGUAAAACAAAAUUUUUUGGAUCCUCUACAGAAUCUGUGUGACAAGGACCUCAAAGAAAUACAGCACCACCUGAAGAAACUAGAGGGUCGCAGGCUGGAUUAUGACUAUAAAAAAAAGCGCCAGGGAAAGAUUCCAGAUGAGGAAAUAAGACAAGCCUUGGAAAAGUUCAUUGAGUCUAAAGAAGUGGCAGAGACGAGUAUGGUUAAUCUUCUGGAUACUGAUGUGGAGCAAGUCAGUCAGCUCUCAGCUCUGGUUGAGGCACAACUGGAUUAUCACAGACAAGCUGUGCAGAUUCUUGAUGAAUUAUCAGACAAGUUAAAGGAUCGAGUAUGCGAAUCCUCUUCUCGUCCCAAAAGAGAUUAUAAACCUAAACCACAAGAAGCAUAUGACUAUGGUGACAGUGAACAGUCUAAUGGAGGCAUCCCCUGCAACCCACCAACAAACAAGACACCAGUUUCAUCCUCUUUCCGAUCAGAAAAGCCUGCCAGAACAGCCAGCAAUCACAACGCCACUCCUCCAGAUCAACCAUGCUGUAAAGCAGUCUUUGAUUUUGAACCAGAGAAUGAUGGAGAACUUGGCUUCCGUGAAGGUGAUGUUAUCACUCUGACCAACCAGAUCGAUGAGAACUGGUAUGAAGGAAUGAUCAAUGGCCAAUCAGGGUUUUUCCCCCUUAAUUAUGUGGAGGUUCUGGUUCCAUUACCUCAGUGAGGACUUACUUAUUUCCUUGGUAGAGGAACUUGUUAUCCAACCUUUAUCACUUAACAUUAAGAACCCUGGAGCUCUGUUUACUUCUCUCAUCUCGGUUGUGAACUCCAUCUAUGUCCUGAAGAGAAGGAGUCACUGUGUGGUACAUUCACUUCAGAACACCAGCUAUAAACUUGACUCCGUCCAUCCUUUUUCUUUUAAAACUCUACCAUCGGAAUUGUUCCCUGAGAUUCAUGACAUGUUAACUAACUCACAGAACACUAAGACAUUAAUGAUAGUAAAUUGUCUCCAGAAUAUUAACCUUAUAGAACUUUUACCAUAAUUUUGCCUCUGAUAUAGAGGCAGAUAUAACCUUUACAGCUACAGUAUGUGAAUAAACGUUCAUUUUGUAUUCUUUUAUAUUUCUUUUUUAAUUCCGUUUCUGAAGAGGAUCUGUCCAGUCUAUAUAAAUCUAAGCAUAUGUAUACUUUAUGUAAAUGUUAUAGUGUUAUUUUUGUAUACGUAAAUUUGACAUAUAACUUGCCAAGCUGCAUAUACUUAAGCUUGAUAGCCUCCAGCACGGAGUUACAGUCUUGUCAUUGUACCAACAUAUAUUUUCAUGGUUACUCCAAACAAGGGCUAAUUGUCAUGAUUUUUUUUUCCGUUUAAUUGUACAGCAAUAAAUAUUCCAUGAAAUAUCACGUGAUCUUAAGCAAGUCUCUUGCACUUUAAAAUAUAUUUGCAUUCCAGUGUUUGUCCUCAAAUGAAACAAUGGAAUGCAACCUUUUCAGGAUGUCCUUAUGUGCAUAGAUCAAUGUAUUUUAAGAUUGUGACACAUCUUUUAAAAUAAAGGCCAUGACUGAAAA